GUCGAGGGGGGGUCAUAAUUGAGGUGAAACACAUACAAACAAACACCUUAAGCGCACGCUCGCGUUGUGCCGCGGUGAGAGGGACACUGAAUAAAUCGUAAAAAUAAAAAAACGAGACUGCGCGAAAGGUGUUGCAGGCGGGGCUGCCACCACCGCGCCACCACCUCGGUACCGCGCGGAAUGUCACAAUGCGGGCGGCGCCGGCGUGCCCCGGUGCGUUCAGUUGGUGCCGCUGAGCGUCGUCGGUCGACCCGACGACGGCGGGACGGCCGCGUCGCGUCCGCGAAGAGAAAUGUGGUGUCGCGGCCGCGGGGAGCAGCGAGCUCGGGAGUGAGCGGUCGCGGAGCGGGGCGAUAAGUCAACGACAUGGCCGGCUGACGGCGAGCUGGCCGCUGCACCGGCCGCCCCCGUCCCGGCCCCCGGGGCCGGCGCGCGGCUCCCAGCGGACCCAGCGUCGCGGCGACUACGGCGUGCCCUACGGCAUGCCCAAGCCGGGCCCGCUGUUCGGGCCGCCGGCGCAGGACAACCUGGCGCCCCCCGCGAUGCGCUUCCCCGUCCUGGACCAGGUGUCGCUGGGCUCGGCGCCCGUCGGCUCGGACGGGCACGGCGACAACCUGCUGGGCCCGCAGGGACCGCUGUACCAGCCGCAGGGACCCGGCGCGUGGAAAAAGAAGCUGGUCUGGAAAUCCGAGCAGAAGCAGGAGUGGAAGACGGUUCCAAAGGUGGUCCGAGGAAAGCCCGAGUGGAAGCAGGUCCAGGUGGAGCACUGCGAGCCGACGCAGGUCCAGGUGUGGAAGGACGUGCAGGUGCCCGAAUGGAAGAGCGUCAAGAAGCCCGUCUGGAAGGAGGUGCACGUCCAGGCCUGGAAGCAGACACUCGUCCCGGAGUGGAAGACCAUCAAGAUACCCGAGUGGAAGGAGAUCGAGAUGCCCGCCUGGAAGGACGAGAUGGUGCAAGAGGACAAGAAGGUGUGGGUGCCCGAGUGGAGCGAGGAGUGGGUGCCGGACGCGACAGGUACCAGUCCGCAGGGCGGUAGCUGGAAGAAGAAAAUGAUCUGGAAGCAGGUGUGGCAGAAGGAGUGGCGGACCGAGAAGAAGCGCAUCUGGGUGAAGGAGAAGCGCCCCGUCUGGCGCCAGGAGUCGCUCAAGAUCAACAAGGUGGAGGGCAAGCAGCUCGUGUGGGUGCCGGACAAGAAGCUCGAGUGGAAGGACGACCUGGUGCAGGGCUGGCGGACCGAGCAGCGGCCCAUCUGGGUCCAGGAGAAGCGCUGCGAGCUGCGCGACAAGUGGCAGCAGGUCAUCCCCAACGAGGUGGUCAACGAGCAGGUGCCCGAGUGGCGCACCGUGUGGCGGCCCGUGUGGGAGAGCGUGUGGGACCCGCACGCGGUCCCGGAGCCGGUGCCGGCGGUGGGGGCGGGGCCGGGGCCGGGGCCAGGGCCGGUCGUGGCCGUCACCAGCCCCCAGGGCGGCCCCCACGCCGAGCCCCCCGGACCCGCCCCCGCCACGACAGGCUGGCACGGCUGAGGCGGCUGAGCCGCCCGGGCGCGGCUGGGCAGGACGGACAAACUUAAGCUAGACGCGUGUACGAUACGCAUGGAGGAAGCCCACUAGCAAAAACUUUGACCAGUUGCAUUUUGUUACGAACACAGUCAAAAGUCUAUGUAAAGUCCCCGAUGUAUGCGCAGUGUUGAGUUGUGAAAAGUCAUGUAGCAUGGAUAACUUGUCAUACGAGGUUUCAAAUCAGUGGUUAUAGUGUUUCUGCCCCUUCAAGAGUGACAAUCCUGUGUCAAGCGUCACAAAGUCAAAAGAGGUGCAUUACAUGAUAAAAUUGUAUCCUUGGCUCUUGUCCAGUAAAAGUUAAAAUUCUUGAACUAAUGUGAAUGUUACCUCAACAAUUACCAAUUGUAAAUAAUAUCAUAGUCUAAGUGUAAGUAGAGUAUAAUAUUUGACUUGUUGUUCCAACAUAUAAAAGAACCCCAAAGAAAUUUAAUUUAUUGAUAGGACGUUAUGUAUCUAAGGUUCACCAUGGAACAUUUGCCAAAAUAAAUGUAAGAUGUAAUUUAUGUUA